AUGCCACCACAUGUAACACACUACCAUCCUCCUCUGCUCCCACGCCUCUCUCCGCAUCCGCGUCCCAAGCAUCUAAAGCAGGGCAAAGUUGGGAUGAAAUUCAUCAAGAAGAAGAUCAUCCUAGUUCUACUCUUCAUUCUCUGCACCGCUUCCAUCUUCCGCCUUCUCAACAUCAGCAUCUUCGCGCAGUUCUCCCUAUCCCUACCUUCCGCGGCCUUGAUCCACCACUCUUAUAACUCACAACCUCCCUUGACAAGAAACUCCAUAUCUACAAAAGGCACCGGUCCAACACUGAAGGAGACGCGCUUUAUCUUAGAUCUCUUCUCCCGGCUAGCCCCUUGCAACGUCCUAGUUUUCGGAAGUGCGAAUCAGUACUCAAGUAUAGCUUCUAUGAACAGCGGUGGAGCAACCGUCUUCCUUGAGGAUUAUCUAGACAGCAGAAGCACGAGCACAAGCAUAACGAGGCCUAACAACACGAGAGUUCACAAGAUCAUGUACAGCACGAGGGCAUCAGAGGCUUACCAGCUGCUCAGGGAUGCAAGAGGGAAUCCAGAGUGUUUGCCAGAGUCACAAACGUCGAGAUGCAGCCUGGCAAUGACGAACCUCCCGGGGGAAGUGUAUGACACGAUGUGGGACGUGGUGGUGGUGGAUGGGCCGGAUGGAGGGGGGCCUUAUUCUCCCGGUAGAAUGGCCUCCAUCUACACGGCUGGCGUGCUUGCAAGAAGAGGAAACAGUAAUAGUAAUAGUAGUAGUCAUGUUGUGGUGCAUGAUGUGGAUCGGAUGAUCGAGAAGUGGUUCUCGUGGGAGUUCUUGUGUGAGGAGAAUUUGGUUUCAUCAAAGGGAAGAUUCUGGCAUUUCAGAAUAGGGAAAAAGACUAAUGCAACCACCUUCUGCACACCAUGA